AUGGGUACUUUUGAGAAGUUAGGUCUCAAACAAGUGGUUAAAAUCACUGAAGAAACAAUUACAGUUGAUAGUGACCAUGCUACUUUUAGAUUAUUAUCUGAAAAUGAUUUAGCCCCUUAUAGGGAAACCCAUAGAUUUAUGCACAUUGGGUUGGUAUCAUUGCAGGAUGAUAAUUCUUUAGAUGCUUUAAUAUUAAGCAUUAAAUUACAUGAUUAUGAUUAUAUGUCAGGAACAGAGGUCUUGAAUUGCUUACACAGCUACCUUAUUUUGCAGUAUGUUCAACGGGACAGUUCUAAGGCUGGAAUCUGUAAGGACAAAUCAUAUACACUAGUGCCAAAACGUGAUGAUCAGCAGCUCUCUGACAAGUCUGGUACCUCUGCUCCUAGAUCUGGGAUUGAUUUAGUGGAAGGGGAAAUUGGUCGUUCGGUAACUGCUGAUAGUGGGAAGAAGAAAAUCCUGCUGUUGAAGGGGAAGGAAAGGGAAGGUCGUAAUGUUUCUGGUGGCUCAUUAGCUCAACAGAAUGUGGCAUCUACUCUCAAGAAUUCACCUAGUUCAUCUGCUCCGAAACAGAACCAGCUCCAAGUAGCAAGUGGCUGGAUCAUCAGAAGUAUUCUUCUAAAGGAUGCUCGACAGAAUCAAUCAACAUCUCAAUCAGAGCAUCAAAUUCAGGAUAAGGCCAAGAGACCUCCUCGGCCACCAAGUAUGCAGUUGUUUCAGAAGGAUACAAGUGGAGCUAAUGAGGAUAAGGUUGUUGGAAAUGACUUGCAAGUUGUCCACAUUGAGAAGCAAGAAAGACGUUCUAGGAAUAGAGAUAGGCCUGAUCGUGGUGUUUGGGCUCCUCUUCAUCGUGCUGAUAGUUCACAAGCCAGUAAUGAAUCUUUAUCAUCUGGUACCCCUCAAUCUUCCCAAGUGCGAGAUUUUGUUGAAGGGGGUCAGGGAGAAACGAAAAGUGAUUUACCAAGUGCACGUGGUUGUGAGUUUAGACCAAUUGGUAGUGGGCGUAAUUCUCAUUCUUCUGCUGAUAAUGGUAACUAUAAACAUGGUGGUCGUCGUGGUUUGAGGGAUGUGGAUGGCACUUCUGUUGGGGAAGGAAAACCCAUGAGAAGGGGAGUUACUUCUGCUUACAGUUCUCUUGAGAAACAAGUGUGGGUUCAAAAGUCAAGUUCUGGUUCUUAGUUUUGUUAUUUAAUGUGAAAUGAUUGGUUGUUUACCAUAUCGAGUAUACAACAAGAUAGUGGCUGGAGCUCUCUUUGCUUGACAGGACAGGUGUGAGGUUGCUGGAGCAAAGGUGUGGGUUCGAAAACUUCAAAUGGAACUUUCAGUACACCAGGGUGCUACAGGUAUUGGUGUUCACCUUUGAACUAAUCUUUGACCGUAUUGAAUCAAAGAUUGACAGGAAUAGGAGCGGGAGGGAAGAAAGUCAUAUUAAUGACAUAUCACCACAAUUUUCAGCUGGUGUUUCUUGUGAUGGCAUCUUUUCACCAUCAGAGCUGUGGAUAUCCUCGUUCCUGCCUUUGACUCGGCUGAUAAUCAAGAAAAUAUAGAUUCUUAGAUGGGAACUUAACUUUUGUUGAACUGUAAAUACAAAUGUGGGAUCAUGUGAAGUGCCCACACUACUUAUUCAUAUGUCUAUAAUCCCAUGUUAAUUCUAGGCUUGACUGGUGGAGAUUGGCAGCUUGUUUGAGCUAGUGUUAUCUAAGCAGAUCCAAUUGCUGAAGCGUUGAACAGUUGGAUCCCCAUUAUUGGUGUGUUAUUGGGUGUGCUAGGCUAAGGUGUGUUGGAAAAUGAAAGACCAUUUUGGUGUUGAUCCAUCAGCUGGCCAAAGUAAUAGUUCAGUUUAUAUAUUACGCAA